CCUCUGUACUGGCGCUACGCCGGGCCGCGGGGCGCUGGCGCUGGCGCGGGCGCGGGCGCGGGCGCCGGGAGGGGCUACCCGCGCGCUGUGAGCGCGUGGAGGGGCGUGCCGGCGCCGCCCGACGCCGCCCUUGCCUUCCGAGGACACACCUACUUCUUCAAGGGCGACUCCUACGUGCGCUUCAACGACUCGGCCUUCGCGGAGGCGUGGCCGCCGUUCCCGCGACCCAUCGCGCGCUGGUGGUUCAAGUGCCGCUCCGCCCACCCGCCCUCACCACCGCCCACGCCCAGCAUGCAGCCUUCAGAGGACGCACUAAGCGGCCUUCUACACGCGCUGCAGCCUACCACAGAGGUUUAG